UCAUGUGAACCGGGGACAGGAAGUUGAUGGAAAAAAAGGAUCAUGGCGGCAGCGAGCAAAUGUCAUUUGUGAGUUUUUACACCCGCAGCAAACUUGUGGAAAAAUAAUAAGAGUAGCUGCGCGACAACAUCACCAAGAAGAAGAAAAAGGAGAUUUGACGACGACAUGUCUGUCUAACUGCUGGUGGGCCAAGAUUAAACCGGAAGUGGACAAAAGCGUCUGAGUCAUCGCAUUCGGAGGCAGAAAAUGAAGCGAUGAGCGAAUGAUUGACAGCGGUGGGGUCACCUGCCUCUUGGGAGGAAAGCGUUCAAUCAGGCGAGCCCUAAGUCCAGCCCACCUCUGAUGCAACUCAUCACUUGGUUUCUUCAGGACCUCAGGCCACUUCAAUAGGUACACCUGCUGGUGGAGCUAGUAGCCAUUUUUCCUCACUACGGCCACCAUGUCUGCUGACGAGCCCUCCUCAGACGCGGCACCAUUUCUUUCCGAUGACAGCGAGGUGGAGGCAGAAGAGGAGGCUCAGCGGGCGGGUGCCCCUGAGGAAGUGGAGCCGAGCAGUGGCGUGGCCCCUGUGCGUGCCUUGUUGACAGUCUUUAUCUUGUGUUUCGUCAACCUGCUCAACUACAUGGAUAGGUUCACCGUCGCAGGAGUUCUUCCCGACAUCGAGAGUUAUUUCGGAAUCGAUGACAGCAAAUCGGGUCUCCUCCAGACGGUUUUCAUUUGCAGCUACAUGUUCCUGGCGCCGCUCUUCGGUUACCUUGGCGAUCGCUACAACAGGAAGUUGAUCAUGAGCGGCGGUAUCGCUUUCUGGUCCCUCGUCACGCUUGCCAGCUCGUACACGCCCAAGCAGCACUUCUGGGCGUUGCUGCUGACACGUGGGCUGGUGGGCGUGGGCGAGGCCAGCUACUCCACUAUCGCGCCCACUAUCAUUGCCGACCUCUAUGUCAAGGAGCGUCGCACCAACAUGCUCUCCAUCUUCUAUUUUGCCAUCCCCGUGGGCAGUGGGCUGGGUUACAUUGUCGGCUCGCAAGUUAGCAACGUGGCCAAGGACUGGCACUGGGCUCUCAGGGUGACGCCAGCCUUAGGACUGUUGGCUGUUCUGCUUCUGGUCUUGGUGGUGCAAGAGCCCAAACGUGGCGCCGUGGAAGCCCGGCCUGAACAUCACCUUCACAAAGGCAGCUGGGUCAAUGACCUGCGAGCGCUCGCCAGGAACCGGAGCUUCGUCCUGUCCACUCUGGGCUUCACGGCCGUGGCCUUCGUCACGGGCUCGCUGGCUCUGUGGGCGCCCACUUUCCUAUUAAGGGCGGCCGUGUUUGCGGGCGAACGCGCCCCCUGCAUGGAGGCUCACUGCUCAUCUUCAGAAAGCCUGAUUUUCGGCGCCAUCACAUGUGUGACUGGUGUGCUGGGAGUCGCAGGCGGCGUCCAGGCUAGUCGUCAACUCCGGAGCAGAACGCCACGUGCCGACCCACUGGUGUGCGCCGCCGGCCUGCUGCUCUCGGCGCCCUUCCUGUAUCUCGCCAUAGUUUUGGCGCAAGCCAGCACCGUUGCUACAUAUGUUUUUAUUUUCCUGGGCGAGAUGUUUCUGUCCAUGAACUGGGCCAUCGUCGCCGACAUCCUGUUGUACGUGGUGGUUCCCACGCGGCGCUCCACGGCCGAAGCGCUGCAGAUCGUGGUUUCGCAUCUGCUAGGAGAUGCCGGAAGUCCUUAUCUCAUCGGGGUGGUGUCUGACUCCGUGAGGGGAGGGAGAGACUCGUUCUUGUGGCGUUUUCGCUCACUUCAGCUUUCGCUGCUGCUCUGCGCCUUCGUGUCCGUCGGGGGCGGAGCUUUCUUCCUGGCCACAGCCCUCUUCAUCGAAAACGACCGACUUCACGCCGAGAACUUCUCACCGGCGGAUGACCAGCCUAUCCCGGUACCCAAGAGCGGGCGUUCCACCCGUGUUCCCGUGUCCAGCGUUCUGAUUUGAUCGCACGGGAUUUUCAGUUUUACUACUUUUUUCAAAAAAUUUGGGAUGUGCCGCCGGAUAACAAGAGCAGAAAAGACCCAGUUCGAAACUCAAAUGAGUCCAUGUCCAAGUCACACGUUUUAACCAAGACCAUUUUUAGGAUACAGUUUUUGUGUGUUCUUUUAAAGCAGAGUUGACCUGCCUCUUUUUCAAGGUGACUUUUUCUCUUUUAGGGUUGUCGAGUUCCUGUUUUAUAAUAUUGAAGUUUCUUAUCCUGCCGUUUGUCCCGGGUGUUGAGUUCUUUGGCGCUUCCUUUGUCGUCUCGGUGGCUCGCUCGCUUAGUUUUCAACUCAAUAAACCAAAUUCAACUUGUAAUUCUUGACUUUAUACGAUGCGCUCAUUUUACAGUCUGGUGGUCUAAACUUAUGGGGCAGUUUUUUGCUAAGCAUUUGCUAGCCUUAAGCUAGUUAUUUGCUGUCCAAUUUGUCAUCCACAUUUUCUAGUUACUAUAAGUCACCUUUAGGGAUCCAAGUAAUUGGAUACUCGUCAUUGACGAAUAAUCUCCUGUUCUCUAUUUGGAGCCUAUCCCAGCUAACUAAUGGAAGUGGGCGGGGCCAUGCUGAAUUUGUUUCCAGCCAAUCACAGGGCAUAUGGAGACAAACACUUUUACGCGCACACUCAUGGCUAAUAAUUUAGAGAAGGGGUGCCCAUUACAUGGAUCGCAGACAGAAUGUGGGGAAAAAACUCAACUCUCGCAUGGCGAGAACAUGCGAACUCCACAGAGGAAGGCAGGAGCCAAGGAUUAAACCCUUGAUCACAGAACUGUCAAACGGACAUGCUACCCACUCCUCCACCGUGCCGCCUUUUAAGGAUUUUACGGUAAUAAUUAGUACUUAUCUAUUCCUUAUUAUUUGUGAUUUUGCAGGUACUGUUGCUACCUCCACCGGUAGGUGAAACCUACAGAAAGUGGAGUUUAUGUACUAGUUUCUGUAUGUCUGUACGUUUGUGUUAGGGAUAACUCAAAAUGAAUAAAGGGAUUACUGUCAAA